AUGACCCGUACCGCACGUGCCUCUUCCCCGCAAGCCCUGUUCAAGGACCGCUCCGUCCCACGCAACGGACGUGACAAGUCGAUCAAGAAGAACGGUGGUGGUGCCCAUGGAUGGGGGAACAUCAAGGAUGAAGCGACUCUCGAAGACGAGGCGCUCGACGACGAGCGACGCGAAUACGAAGAGGAGCAAAAGGAGCUCGAACAGGAGCAGGAGAGUGGAAACAUAGAAGGUGGCGAGGAGAAGAUUCAAGGUCGCCCCCGUCGCGCGUCGACGCUGGGUGAGGUAAAGGGACGAGCACCAAGUUUACAGUACAACUACGCUGAGACUACAAAGAUGAUGGACGACGACGCUUUCUCGCGGUUAUCGUACCCAGCGGCCAUGUAUUCGCCAGCCCCGACACGCUCCAUCCCGCCUACUCCCCAUCUGCCAAAUGAGACUUUUCAAGACUAUUCUCCUUCUCCUUCCUCUCCACCACCACCGAGGAGAGCCAUUCCUCCUCCACCACCAGACGACGAACCAGUUCAGGCAUUUGGAUCUCCAAUGAUUCAGGAAUUUGGAACUCCUGUCGACUCUCCUGCAGUAGGAAACUCAACCCUUCCAUUCUCUCGCCCACGAACACCCUCUUCUCCCCGUACAGCUCUCCGCCCUUCAACGAUCCAGUUUCCCAAACGCUUCUUUCCGAAUCGUUCGUUGCAUGCUAGUCCAGCCAACUCACCCGACAUUCGUCCUUCACCAGCUGUCCCGCCACCCCUACCACCCCGACCGCCACCAGAAGGUCAAGGAGACGAACGAGGUGCUGGGGUAGGAGUGCUCGGCGGGAUCGAAAUCGUACCUCCAACCCCGCCUGCGCUCUCGAGGCCGGUCGAUAUCCCCCAAGACGACGUCCCGACUCCAUCGACACCAGAUAAUCCGGAAAACGAGAAUGCACAUAAAGAUUCAUCUCUACGAACGCCAGCAUCUCGUGUGGCGCGUCUCACGGGUACAGGUCGGAACAUGGCGAACCGGCUUUCCAAGACUUUCCACGACGGUACACCCCCGCCUGCAGUCGUACGAUUGCCUUACCCAGACGUCGUCGGACGGGAUACGGCCGAUAGAAGAAGGAAUAGGGAAAGUGGCCAAAUGGGCAUCUCCCGUCGACCUGUCUCAAACGUUUACGUGCGUGGGGCUGGCGUUGGUGAUCCAAGGCGACUCAGCGUUGCAUCGGGUCAUGUUGAUGAUGGUGGUGGAUCGAGAAGACAAUCUGUCGUGUCGGCGCAUUUCGAGCCACAUCCUGUCCACCACCACCAAUACGAUGACGAUGAGAGGAUAGAAGAGGGUGAUGAAAUCGAAGAGAUGCGUUAUCAUCACGCCAGUACGAGUACGCGAAAUACGGCACGCUCUGCUAACAGACCUGGCGCCGAGCACCAAGAAACCGCCAUGUCAGACGAGACCUAUGUCACAGCUACGAGCAAUUCUCAUUCACAUAACACGUGGGAUACAUCAUCCAACUCGAACUCGAAUUCAAACUCAAACUCGUCUAGUUUGACGACACAGACUGGGAGGAGGCGAAGAAGAGGCGACGUCGAGGCGUCGUCGAAGGCGAGACUACACGAUUGGAUCGCACCAUCCUCUUCACGGACCGCCAAACACACCGCUGUGCGUCCAGUCUCCGUCGCAGCUGGUAGCUCACAUCCUCGGACUCCUGGAGGAGCAGUGAGUGUAACCGAGGCGGAUGAAGAGGAGGAGAUUGAAAGUAUCAAAUUUGUCGACGUCGUGGAUCGAUUCCGUUCAAUGAUGCGCCGGUUCAGCGACAUGCCGUGGAUCGCAGAGCCAUGCGUUGCAACGCUUAUCAUCCCCCAAAGCAACUCUAACGCCAACGACGGCGAGAGCACCAUCGUGUCCCAUUCGAAUCAGGCUCCCGGCGGUGUUGUGUAUGGAUUUGGACCGGGUGGUAAUGGUGGAGCAGUGGGCGGUGUAGGUGGAACGAUCAAUGGGAUCCGACCGCGUGGGAUGAACCAUCGCAAGUCGUCGAGCACCAGUGCAGCCUCUGGUGCCGGCGCCGAUGCAGAGGGUGAACGGAAGAAGAAAGAGUUGCCUGCUGGGUGGUAUCGACCUCGUCCUAGUCUGGAUGAGAUUCUAGGCGAGGGACCGUAUGCGAGGCAGAAUGUAGAUACCGAGGCGAACGCCGCGGAGGGGGAUGCGGCGAGUAGUACUGGUGGCGAUACGGUUGUCCCGCCACCGAUCCCGGCGCGUACAAAGGGUAUUUGGUAUCCUCAAAAACCCGAGCCGACUGCGCAGACGCCUGGACGGGAGAGAUUUGCAGAUGCGUUGGUCAUUCGUGGAUUGAGGAGGUUUAGCACGUAG